CAUCAUAGCAUAUAUUAGUUACAAGACACACAAUGAACCUAAAAAGAUGAAUAUGACUUGAUUCCAAGGUUAGAUUGAUGUGAAGUCCAAAGCAGAACUAAGCCGAUCAUUAGGAAGAACACCAGGUUCUCUGGGUGUGUGUGUAUGAGACAAGCACACAGGGCUAACGUGACAAAUGGAUGCUGGCUGAAGUAGGGAAAUGGUGAUUCCAAGUUCCAAGAUGUGUCAUUAAGCUUCGACGAGACUGAGAGGUGACAAAAGCCCUCCAACUAAGCGGGUGGCGGCAACGGGCUGAAGCCCGCAAGGAGGCACGGCUGCUUCGGCGGUGUGCUCCUUAGAGCCGGUCCACGGGUUCGGGUGGGUUUACUGCUGUGUGUCACGGCAUCAUUUCCAGAGCACUUGGCCGUUGAUUGCGUCUGUUCUCGAGCUUGUGCGUCGAAGAAGUGUAAGCCGGCGGGCAUGCAGCGCUGCCACCGCAGCACACACGUGCACGGGCGCCAGCCACGUACUCGCUUUCCACGCACCGCUCCGCCGCAAGGCGCUCUCAGCAGCAGCGACCAGCUCGCGCACCGUCCCCGAAGCCCCCUUCCUCUCCCUAUCCUCUCCGCAGGCCAUGUGGAGCCCCCCCACCCCGAUGAGUCCCGCCUUCGCCGCCCUUCUUUUACCACGACUCUCUAUCUCUCUCCGCGUGUGCGUCUGUGUUCUAUUUAAAUCCCUAUAACUGCACUCACGCCCAUCUCACCCAUCUGUCUUUUAGUUUCCACACGUCGGUUUCACAGAAAUACCUGCAUGCGAUGGCUUCACACGAAGCCAUGACGAAGGUCAUGGUGGGGAGGACGACGGAGUUCCGAAAGGGCACCGACACCGAGCUGCUCGCCCUCCACAGCAGCUCCGCCGAGCUGCUGCUCCUUUGUGGGGAGCGGUUCGACGCCGUGCAGGCCUUCCGCACAGGGCGGCUCUCCUUGCACAUGAUCAGAGCGAAGGGGAACCCCGUUUGCAUGGUGAGUUGCACGGUGGGGGAUCACCAGUGGAUGCUGGCCAAGGACUCGCUCGUCCUCCGUGUUGACCCUCGCAGGUAUGUCUUCGCCAUGCCCGGCUUCUGCUACGGACUUGCAUUGCUGGGCUCUGGUUCGGACCAUGAGUGCAGGACGCUGGAAGAGAUCCUUGCGAGGUUUUGUGCUUACCGAGACAUUGCAGCCGAGGAAGGAGCUGAUAUAUGGGCUCAUGCCUAUGACGAGAUGACGAAGCUCGCCACCAUCGCCGCCGCCGCCGCCGCCAUCGACACCACCACCGGCGGGGCCAGACGGCCAUCAACUGCCACAGGCAUCGCCUCUUCCGAAUCAGAGAAAUGGAAGAAGAUCCAGCGGGCAGUGAGGACGUCGGCCAUGGUCAAGCUGCUCUCCCGGUCCCUCCUCACCGGUGCGCUCGACCCCAGAAAGCACCUCGACCUGACCGCCGGCAAUAACCUCCCGAGCAUGCGGGUUAUAGGAGACCUUGCGGAGGUGAUCGAGACAGGGCGGCGACCACCCGCGGUGGACGGGCGGAACUCCUUUUGGUAUGUGAAUGGUGAGGGGAUAAGGCUGCUGCUCGCGAUCCUCUCGGCGUGCGGAGCCGCCGAGCGGAGGAAGCGACCACGCCUGGAGACUCUCAGAGAGGAGUCCGAGUGGGCGAGCGAAGGCAAUGCAGGUGAUGAGGGAGGUGGAGUCAGCAGCAGUGGUUCAAGGUGCCUUAGUAAAGAGGUGAGGUUAGAGAGAGAGAACGACGACCAAUGAAACAAUGUCCAAAGUCAUAUGUUCUCCUAUCUUGACAUAAUUUUAGCAGCUCGAUGUUCUCUUCUUCCUCCUAAAGUAAGAAAGUAAGGAUGAUAAGUGAUUGACGAGGGGGAGAAGGCGGGAGGACGCUCCAAUGGUGAGGCUCAAUGUUGCGUCUUCCCCGCCCACAGGAAACGGAGGAUAACUACUGCUCCUCUGUUAAUCGUUUUGUAAAAGUGGAGAACUAAAGUAAUAAUUUAAAUGAAUGGGACU